UAUGGGCCCACUCGAGUGCGUUCAAGCGAGUGACAAUGUGCGUGCGUCGCGCGGCGGCCCCGAGCUGCCCAAAAAACCACCUCCAACCCGUACACACACAGGAUUUUGAGGCGUGGUUUCCAGGCGUUGCCACGUCGAAGAGAUGCUUAACCGGUUCGGUGCCGAGGGAACCAGAAGGGCCGGUACUUACGACGGAAAUACCGGGCCCUCGAUCGCGCAGCUUGCUACAAGAACUGAAUGCGAUACAACAAGCGUCUUCCGUACAAUUCUUCGCAGACUAUGAAAAAUCCGCCGGUAAUUACAUAAUAGACGUUGACGGGAACACGUUGCUGGACGUUUAUAUGCAAAUCUCAUCAAUGCCCCUAGGGUACAAUCAUCCGGCGAUGUUGGAGGCUCUCGCCGAUCCCGUUAAUCAAAAAAUUAUAGCCAACAGACCUGCGUUAGGUGUCUUUCCAGGAAAAGACUGGCCUAAUAGAUUAAGGGAUGUUUUGCUCAAGAAAGAGUUUGCACCACCCGGAUUAACGCACAUCACGACGAUGAUGUGCGGCUCUUGUUCCAACGAGAACGCUUUUAAAAACAUUUUUAUAUGGUACGCCGAGAAACAGAGACAAGGGGCGCCGUUCACGAAGGAAGAGAUAGAAUCGUGUAUGAUAAAUCAAAGCCCUGGCUCGCCGCGAUACUCUAUCAUGUCUUUUAAAGGUAGCUUUCAUGGAAGAACCUUAGGUUGUCUCUCGACGACCCACAGCAAGUACAUUCAUAAGAUGGAUAUACCGGCCUUCGACUGGCCUGUCGCCUCCUUUCCAGAGUACAAAUAUCCUUUAGAAGAGAACGUGCGAGAAAACAAGCAGGAGGAUAAGCGUUGCCUCGCAGAGGUCGAGGAACUAUUCGUCAAGUACAAAAACGAGAAGAAAGUACCGGUGGCCGGCGUGAUAAUUGAACCUAUCCAAGCGGAAGGCGGCGACAAUCACGCGUCGCCGGAAUUCUUUCAGGAACUUCAACGCGUGACGCGAAAGCACGGAGCUGCGUUACUUAUCGACGAGGUGCAAACCGGUGGCGGACCGACGGGAAAAAUGUGGUGCCACGAGCACUUCAAUCUAGAUACCGCGCCCGAGGUGAUGACUUUCAGCAAGAAAAUGCAAUUGGGCGGCUAUUAUCAUUCGGAGGAUCUGAAACCGAAACUGUCGUAUCGUGUGUUCAAUACCUGGAUGGGCGAUCCCAGCAAAGUGAUACUGCUCGAAACGAUCAUAAAAACGAUCAAGAAGGAGAACCUUUUGGACAGGGUUACGCGCGUCGGCGACUACAUGUUGAAGUAUCUGAUGGAUAUGCAGAGGGAGCAUUCCAACGUAAUCGGCGCGGUGCGCGGACGUGGCACUUUCAUAGCGUUUAAUUGCGCCUCGUCUGAAGUGCGAGACGGCAUUAUCAAGAAACUCGCGUCGAAAGGUAUCCAGACAGGUGGAUGCGGCAGCCGGGCGGUGCGGCUCAGGCCCGCGUUGACUUUCACGGAGCGUCAUGCCGAUAUAUUUCUGGACGCCCUUCGCACUGUGUUAAAACAAUAAGAAUACUCUUCUGACGAUUUCUCGUGUCUUCCAAAUCAGAUGUCUUCCAGUAAUGGAGUUAUAUCGUGUGUUUUACGAAGUCUAUAAAAAUAACCGUUAUUUUUCUAUGGCAGUUACAUUAUGGGGAUAGUUUAUGACAAAUGACAAAUUAAUGACAACAUAAUUGAUAAUGACAAGCAAUUUGAUUGUCUUGUAUGUAUGCAUAGUUCGAUAUACGGUCCAGAAAAAGUGCAAGAUUCUGACAUGAAUGUACUCUUUAACAAAUUUAGAACUGAGCGAAUAUUUUUAUUAAGUAUAAAUAUAUCGAUUAUGUCAUA